AUAGCCCCCGGAACUCUUCACUCCUGCACCGAUACCUGCCUGCAGCUGUGAUUCAUCGAUGGCCCAUCAAAUAUCAACGCUCCUUCUUUUCAAACCUGCUCUUGGUAUUUUCCCACAAAUUUAAUACAAUGUCCAGAUCUGUUAACGUCGCUAUUAUUGGUACCGGUGUCGUCGGCGCCGCCUUCAUCAACCAGUUGAAGAACCUCCAAUCCGUCAUCACCUUCAAUGUGGUAUACCUCGCACGCUCGCGUACCGCGCUCAUCGCUAGAGACUACCAACCGCUCGCAUUGGCCAGCUGGGAGGCUGAUGUUCAGGCUGCAACCACGCCUACUCUCGCAUUGAGCGAGUUAGCACAGUUCUUACGUGCGGGUACCGCGCCGGCGAUUCUUAUCGACAACACCUCCAACGAGGAAAUUGCUAGCUUCUAUCCGUCCUUCAUCGAGCAGGGAAUCUCCAUUGCUACCCCUAACAAAAAAGCCUUCUCGUCUGGCUUGCAGACUUGGAAGCAAAUCUUCGCUGGCGCCGCGAAGCCAGCCGGCGGCUUGGUCUACCACGAGGCGACCGUGGGCGCGGGUUUACCAAUCAUUGGAACCUUGCGCGACAUUGUCGCGACCGGUGAUAAGGUUCAGAAGAUUGAGGGAAUUUUCUCCGGGACUUUGUCGUACAUUUUUAACGAGUUCUCCACCCCAGAGGGCAAGGAUGUCAACUUCUCCGAUGUGGUUGCCGUGGCCAAGAGUUUGGGCUACACCGAGCCAGACCCUAGAGAUGACUUGAAUGGGUUGGAUGUUGCCAGGAAGGUUACGAUUUUGGCCAGAAUCGCUGGAUUUGAGGUUGAGUCUCCCACUUCCUUCCCCGUCCACUCCUUAAUCCCGAAGGCCUUGGAGUCCGUGAAAUCCGGCGAGGAGUACAUGGAAAAGUUGCCCGAAUUCGAUGGCGAUAUGGAGACCUUGAAGGAAAACGCCGCCAAGCAGAACAAGGUUUUGAGAUUCGUUGGUAAGGUCGACUUCCCUAGCAACACCGUUUCGGUAGGUAUCGAGGAGUACAGCUUCGACCAUCCGUUUGCCGCCUUGAAGGGCUCCGAUAACGUAGUCUCCAUUCAGACUGAGCGCUACCAGAACCCGUUGAUCGUCCAGGGUGCCGGUGCCGGUGCUGAGGUUACCGCCGCAGGGGUAUUGGCCGACGCCAUUAAAAUCGCCGAAAGAAUUGCUAAAUAGGUGUCAGAAUCGUAUUUGGAGAUUUUUAAAACGCGUAAAUCAAGGAAAUUAGCAGAAAUGACGGUCGGCAGUAGGCCACAGAUAAGGGAAUUGACUUUUACGGGCGUAUGUGUGAAUCUUAAUCUUGACAGAACGUCCAUAAGACUGUUCACAAAGUAGAAAGCAAUGUUGGAACCCCAUUCCAGGAGAAAAUAA